AUGGAUAAUACGAAACGAAAGCUAACUUCACCCGAAUCGUCUGAAAAAAAUUCAAAAAAAAUACGAAAUCAAUUAGUAAAUUCUAUUGAAAAUUUAUCGAAUGAUCUCUUCUAUGAAAUAUAUGAUUAUCUUGAGGGUUUGGAUAUUUGUGUAGCAUUUUCAAAUCUUAAUUCUCGUUUUCAACAAUUAAUUACAUGUUCGACAAACAGAUAUAAAAUAAUUAUUGAUUAUUUAACAACAAAAGAAUUAUUUUGGAAUUAUUCAAAAGAAUUCAAACAUCAAAUUUAUUCAAUUCCUUUUCAAUUACCAAAAAGUUCUGUAAAUGAAUUCUUACCAAUUCAUUAUUCAUUUACAGAUUUAAAUGAAAUUUAUCAAUUAAUAUUUUCAUUACCAAAACUAAAAUCGAACAAACUUGAUUUAUUUGCAGAUGAAUAUUCCAUAUCAAUUCCAAUGUCAAAUAAUCAACAAUUCAGUUCUAUUACAUGUCUUCAUAUUGCUCAUUCGUAUACAUCUGAUGAACUUUCUACAUUAAUAUCCUACACACCUUCACUUCGUCAUCUCAAUCUUUCACGUUCAAGCAACUACGAUUCAUAUAUCGAAGAAAGUUUACCAAUGCAUUUGAAUGAACUCACUCAUUUAUCGAUAUAUUCAAAUAAUUUAAACUUCGAUGGAUUUCAAUUAUUUGUUGAACAAAUCAAUUCAAAACUACAAAUUCUUCAUGUGUUUCUUUCAAAACAAGAUAUUCGUUUUCUUCAUGCUGAUCGCUGGCAGAAAUUACUGUUAGAAAAUUUUUCAAAGAGAUGGUAUCAAUAUUCUAUUGAACAUUCAAAAUUAGCUCAAUUGACAAUAAAAUAUAUUUAUUCUAAUCAACUUCCUGAUGUUUUAUUAAAUCAAAUAAAACGUAUUUUAAAUUUCACUCAAAUUUAUCAUUUAGAUAUUGAACAAAACAUUUCUAUUGCAAGGCUAAUGCAAAUAAUUCAUUUAUUACCUGAUCUUAUUUCAUUAAAAAUCAAUGAUUUAUCAUUUUAUGAAUCAUCAAUACUUCGAUUGGCAUGUCAAGAAAGUCUUAAAAUAUCUGCAUUAAAACAUGCUAGUAAUAUAAAAUAUGUUUGUUUGGAGAAGACAUGUACAAUGGAAGAUAUUUUAUUUCUUAUUUCAUUUUGUCGUCAUAUGGAAUAUCUUAAUAUUGAAGGUGUUGAAAAUAUGAAUAUUCAAUCAUUUUUAAGUGACAUUUUAAAUAAAAUGAAUCAGUAUCAUUAUGAAUAUUUACAUACAUUAUGUAUUUAUAUAACAAUAGCAGAUAAUCAAAUGAUAAAACAAUUAGAACAAAUGAUUGAUGAUGAAAAUUUUUUAUUAGAUUAUACAAUUCAUCGGCAACUUUAUAAUAUUUACUUAAAAUGGAAAUAA